AUGGAUUUUCAGUUUGACGAUUUGGAAUACGAGGAUGAUGUUUUCUACAGUGAGCUAAGGAAACAAGUCUUGCAACUCACAGCAGACGACGACGAUGAUGAUAUUCAAGAACACAAAAUCAAGAAUUCGAACGCGGUUGCAGCCCAGAAAGAGGGCCGUUGCGGAUAUUACAACUGGCCCCAGCAUAAGGAAGAGGUUGCAGCGCCUGCGUGGAUCAUGAAUGCGUCGAGAACUGGAAACGGGACUGGUGUGUUCAUCCCACAAAUUGUGCGGUCAAGGAGGAAGAACAGGCAAAGAAGGAAGAGGAACGAAAGAGGACAAACAAACAAGGGCGUUGAGAAAACUGAAGAUUAGAAAAAUAUUUUUAUUGAUUCUUUUAUUGAAGGAUAUGUGGAUAUGUAAAUAUAAAUAAAGUCUGAUGAACUUGGGAAAUAUAUCCAAAAUCUUUUCCCUAAACAAAUGAUAGUUUGAGAUCA